AUGUCCCAACAAGCCCUCCUUCUGACUAGGGAUUCACCCUCCUCCCCCCCAGAACUAACCCUAUCCACCCUCCCCGUUCCCAGGCUCAAACCAGGCCACGCCCUCGUCAAGAUCAAAUACUCCACUAUCCAGCCCUCAGAUAGGAUGAAUGCAAAGGGGCAUUUUUCUAAAACGACGUUUCCGAAGAUACCUGGGAGGGAUUAUGCCGGGGUGGUCGUUGAUGUUUCUCUUCCCUCGGAAGGCAACGACAGGGAUAGCGGGAACGACAAGAACAACAGUGAGGAGAGAGAGAAAGAAACUUGGCUCGGCAAAGAAGUCUACGGUACGUCCGGCUCAGCGCUCGGAUUUACACUCGACGGCGUGCAUGCGCAGUUCUGUCUUGUUCCGCUGACGGCGCUGGUUGAGAAACCUUCUUCAUUGUCACUUGCCGAAGCAGCCACUAUCGGGGUCCCGUUCACCACGGGGUUAACCUGUCUUAAACGCUCACAGGUUAAAAAGGAGGACACAGUGCUUGUUCUUGGUGCUAGGGGGGGUGUUGGGUCGGCAACUGUGCAGAUUGCUAGGGCUAUGGGGUGUUCUGUCUUAAGGGCUGCACGCGGUGGUGGCGAUAAUAUAGACAUCGAACUCCCCACGGGCGAUACACCAAACUACUUAACCCUCCCGUCUAAAAUCUCGGCUCUCACCGACGGAAAGGGAGCAGAUGUCAUAAUCGAUACCAUAGGGAACACUUCCCUAAUGGCCGCCGCGAUACCCUCGCUCGCUUUCCGCGGGAGAUACGCGUGGAUCGCGGCGCCCAGGGACCCGAAUAUCAGCAAGGAAGUCUCAUUCGAUAUUUUCCAGGCGUAUCGGAAGGAGAUACAGCUUGUUGGGUGCAAUACGGCCGCGUAUUCGCUGGAGGAAAUAGCGGGGGAUAUGCGGGUCUUGGGGAGGUGGUUCGAGGAGGGCAAGUUGAGGCCGGUGGAUUUGGGGGGUUUCAAGAAGAUGAGGUUAGAGGACGCUAUUGUGGAGGGUUAUUUGAGUACGGGUUCUGCGUUGAUUGAGAUGUGA